GAUCCACAUCAGACCUCAGAACCAGUAUUUUAUGAGGGAAAGGAGGAUUAAAAGAAGAAGAGUUUGUUUGGAUAAAGACAGAAAAAGGAUUAAAUGAAGAAGAAAAGUUUCUGAUGAUUUUAACUCAACCAAGACGAUGAUGAAGAUGAAGAUGCUGCUGCUGUUGGGACUCUGCUGCUCAGGUGUGGUCGGAGCCUCAGAGCUGGCAUUUAUCAAAGAGCCCAAUGAUGUCAUCGCAGUGAGGGACCGCCCCCUGAUGUUGGACUGUCAGGUGAAGGGGGAGGGGCCAAUCUCCAUCACCUGGAGGCGGAACAGUGUUCCUGUGGCGACGGGCGUCAGGGCGACGGUGCUCGGUAACGGCACGCUGCUCAUCAGAAACUUCUCUAAGAGGCGAGAGAGCAAUGAAACGGACACCGGAGAAUAUGACUGCGCCGCACAGAACCGCUACGGCAUGUUGAUCAGCCGCAAAGCCAGAGUCCUGCUCGCAUCCCUCCCUAAGUUCCUGUCUCACCCAGAGUCUGUGGCGGUGGAUGAAGGGGGCGUGGCCAGAGUCACCUGUCAGGUAAAUGGAAUCCCAGAAGCCAACAUCACCUGGCAGAGAGACCGCCUCCCACUGAGCACCGAGGAUCCCAGGUACACGCUGCUGCCCAACGGCGUGCUGCAGAUCACAGGCGUGCGGCGGACAGACAGCGGUUUGUUUCGCUGUGUCGCCUCUAACAUCGCUAACACUCGCUACAGCCACGAGGCUCAGCUGUCUGUCACCGUUGCAGGAUUCAGGAUCUACCGGGAACCCGUCAUCCUGUCCGGUCCUCAGAACCUCACCAUCAAUGUCCACCAGACCGCCAUCUUGGAGUGCAUCGCCACAGGAAACCCACGGCCCAUCGUGUCCUGGAGCCGCCUCGACGGGCGGUCCAUUGGUGUGGAGGGGAUCCAGGUGUUGGGAACAGGUAACCUGAUGAUCUCAGAUGCCACGCUGCAGCAUUCAGGAGUUUACGUUUGUUCAGCAAACAGACCAGGAAGUAGAUCCAGAAGAACGGCACUCGGACGGCUCGUAGUACAAGCCCCUCCAGAGUUUGUUCAGUGGCCUCAGUCUGUCUCCAGACCAGCUGGGAGCAGUGCCGUCUUCAGCUGUACGGCGUCCGGUGUCCCUGAACCUCACCUCAUCUGGCUGAAGAAUGGAAAACUGCUGACACCCAGCGGCAACGUCAAACUCACCAACGGAAACACGAGUCUCGCCAUCACCCGUAUCACCCCUGAGGAUGAGGCCAUCUAUCAGUGCAUCGCAGAGAACAGCGCCGGCACUAACCAGGCCAGCGCUCGCCUCGCCAUCAACCAGGGGCCCGAGCUGCCCGAGGCCCCCGCCGGCCUCCAGGCCGUGGCCCUCAGCUCCAGCAGCCUGCAGCUGACCUGGGAACAGCCAACUGAGCACGUCAGCCAGCAGAUUAUAGGAUACGUCCUGCACAUCAGACGCCUGGGGGAGCCAGACAGUGCGGAGAUGCAAGAGGCCGUCAGUAAGACCACCUUCAGACACGAGUUCAACAACCUGGAAGCAGCCACCACCUACUCCAUCUACCUGAAGGCUUAUUCUGCUCUGGGAGGGAGCCAGCAGUCCAACACCAUCACCGCCACAACACAGGGGGGCGUUCCCAGCUCUCCCAGUUUCUUCACUAAGGUGUUGAACCAGACGGCCAUGCAGGUGUACUGGGAGCUGCCCAGUAAGCCGGGAACACUGGAGGGCUUCAGACUGGAGUACCACGGGGUUUCUAACCCAGGUGUCCAGGGGCAGGAGACCUUCCCAGGACACAUCAAUACCCACACCAUCUCCCACCUGGAGCCAGCAGCCGUGUAUGAGAUCCAGCUGGUGGCGUUUAACGGAAACGGAGACGGUCUGGCCAACCGCCGCCUCGUGUCUCUGGCAGAGGGACGGAACACUGCAGCAGCUGGUCAGACCUGUAACUGCGAUCAGUCUGAUGGAUCCACGUCCACUCUGCUGGUCGGCGUCCACAGCGGCCUCGCCUGCGUCCUCUGCUGCCUGCUCUUCAUCCUGCUGGGAUACAGACGCAGUCUGUUCUGCAGGAAAGAAGUGAGCUGGGAAGCUCCGCCCACCUUGAAUGCUGUCAGAGGUGCUAAAGGUCACACACCUGAGAGCAUCGAACUGAGCCAGAGAUGUGACUCCGCCCCUCCUCCAGUGAUGGUCAUGGUUGAACCGACUCCCUCCGUCCUACCCGGCAACAACGGAUAAACACACACCUCCCCCUCCUCUUUCUCCUCCUCCUCCUCCUCUUCUUCCUCCUCCUCCUCAUCCUCUUCCUCCUGUGGUCUCCUCCUCUCCUCCUGACAGCCUUACAGCCGUUGCAGCCUUUAUGAAUGAGAGUGUAUCUAUGAGAUUAUUGAUUAUUGAUUAUAAAUGAGUGUCUGAGGGACUUCCAGAGUCUGAUACCACCCAGGAACCAGAACUUCAGAUGUCCACGAGUUCUGAAAACAAUUCAUGAUUUUAGACUAAAACCAAAGCUGAACGGAUCCUGAUCAUGUGACCGCGGCCGGUUCCUGUUUGGUAUCAGCCGCCAUCCCCGAUGCUUCCUGUCAAAACCAAAAGCUUUUGUCUUCAGUUUGAGUUUGUCACCGUCGGUGCCCAGUUUCUAGAGAUGAUGAGGCCUUCCACUAUUCUGACCAGAGACUGGGUCCUCACAGGAUCCAGUUGAGUUCCUGAUUAGGAGUUCCUCUGAGGCCCAGAACCAAAGGGACUGUUUCUCUGGUCAGCAGGUGGCUGCGGAGGACGUUAGCAUUACUCCGCGCUGCUUUAGCCUUUCACUGUUUGUUUGUCUCACCGAGUUCGCCUCAAGUCAGGGUGGAGAGGAAGCCGACAGCUGGUUCUCCUCUUCCUCCUCCCUACUUUUCCUCCCUCCUCUUCCUCCUCCUCUUCUUCCAAAGAGAUCUACCUCUGGCUCAACACCAAACCUCUGAGCUACAGGCGACUGUUAGCCUCCUGCUGCUGGUCAAAGCUAACCUACCUCAAAACCAAAAGGCUCCUGUGGGGCCACGUUGCCAUUUUCUACCAUAAGUACCAAUGUGGACGUCCUGAGACAGUCCGCCAGAAACCCUCCAACUCCCAUCCCACAAUGGAUCGGCCCGUUGUUGUCCUGAUUGUAGGUUUCCUGAUGAAAGGAAACCACAGAAUACCUCAGACAGCUUCCUGUCUGACUCCAGCUACUUCCUGUAGUGAUGCCUCCAGGACCCAAAAUCCUGUUUCAGAUCUUCCAUUCAAAAGAAUCAAAAUCCAGAUCUCAGAAUUCAGGGUCUAAAACCCUCUGGAGGUGGACCAGAGUCCUGACCUUUAAAAGUCUAGAAACAUAUCUACGUGCACAAAGUCUGGUUUCAUCCUGGUCUGUCAGUCCACUGCUCCAGGACUCAUAAUGGUCUAAUCGAGGUUUCUACAGUCCAAAAACUUCCUGAACCUGAUCCAGAUCAUCCACCAAAGCUUCUUCAGUCACAGAUGUGUUUGGGUCCUGGAGCUCACUGGAGGAUGAACCUUUAACGGAGUCAAACAGUCGACACCUGAACCAGGACAGUCUGGAUGUCUCAGUGUGAGACAUCUCCUGCGUUGUAUUUUAUUUUUGCUGAGGCAGCUACUCCCUGUCACCUGGUUGCAGGUUUGUGUUUAAACUGAACUUUAAUGUCUUCUAAUGUGUGAAAUGAUUCCUGAACUUUCCGUAGAUGAACUGCAGCUUUCUGUAGAGUUUCUGCCAAACUUCCAAAUAUUCUUUAAAAACAAGCUGAACGAUGUCCAAAGAUAAAAAAAAAAAUAGUUUGUCACAAUUUUCUGUUCAAACUGUUUGUUUUCACUUCCUGUUUCCAGAGGCGAAGAACAAACUCAACCAAAAGAACAUUUAAUACUUCAGAUGAACGUAAAUAUAUAUUUUCAUAUAUUUGAACGGUUAAAAGAGCCAAAUAAUGAACAAUAGAAACAUAUAUUGGUAUAUCACUGACCAAAAGAUCAAUCAAUAUUCAUCAAUAAUUCUGAAUAUUCCCUCAGAGCCACACACAGCCUGUGGUUGAAUGUCUUUACAGCUUCUGGCUCUGCUACUGACAGUGAUCCACCUGACCCCGAAACCCAGACUCACCAAGUCCCGAGUCCCAGAGGACAUUUACAAUACUUGAAUUGACGUUCAGUCCAGACUUGGACCUCAUUAGUGGAACCAAAUUCUGAAUCUCAUGUUCGUGAGUCUCCCUAAGUCCCACCGAGUCCCAGGUCAAACUGAGUCGCUACAAUUAGUCUCACAGUGAUCCUCCAGCUAUGUCGAGUCUCGAGGCAUGACGAGUCACUUCAAGUUGUAUUAAUGACAUGUGGACAUCCUGUUUUGUUGAGUCUAAAAUCCAACUUGAACAACAUCAAGUCACAUCAAGUCAUGUCGAGUCAUGUCAAGUCUAAAAUCCGCCUGAGUGUCGUUGAGUCUUAUUGAGUCAAGUCAGUAAUUGUUGAGUCAUAUCAAGUCUAAAAUUUGACGCAUUAAGCCUUGCUGAGUCCAAUCUCAGGGAGCCACCACCUCCCUGCUGCCCUCGGAGUCAGAGGUCAGAGGUCACUGUCAGAUGAAACGAGUCAAAUGUUUCUAAAAAUAUAAAAGUAGAACAAAGUAAAGUGUUUCUAAUUUUGGCUGUUCUUUUUCUAGAACUUUCUUCUUUCAGUUCAUUCUUAUUUUCCGUCGCUGCCGUUCGGUGGUGGAGAGGAAAUUCUGCCAAAAUGAAAACCAUUAAAAGUUUUUAUCAUUAUUGCUAAUAAUAUUAUGAUUAGUAUCAUUUUACCUCCUUGUUUUUAUAUCGUUUGUCUUUUUCAGAUGAUUUUUGUAGUUGAAUGAUGUGAACAUGUUUCUAGAAUUUAAGAAAGGUGUUGUUUUCAGCUGAAGGUAGAGACACUGGUCAGACUCAGUGGACAUUAACCAUAUUCAAUAAUAAGCCAUACAUGAUUUUUAAGCCAUAUUUUACACAGAUGUUUGAUAUAAAACCUGAUUUCUGCCUCCUUCUGUCCACUGAAAGCAACUAAAACUGUAGAGAUUGUAGUGACUGAAGGCUAGAACCAAUGAGAAAAGUAAUGCUUUAAUGUUUCUGAUUUCUUUUCUCAUUUUAUUUUCAUUAAUGUGUCAUAAAAAAAGAAAAGCGUCCCAAAGCUUUAAACUGAACAGACGGAGGGCGACACAGAAACGAAGAGUUUGACCAGCUGACCUGUUUCUGUUCACAAUGGUGUUCAGAUUUUGUUGUUUCCACUGGAUGAACUCUUCUUGGAGUUUUAACGUGUUAUUGUUCCAUUCAGAUGCUUCGACACAUGAAAACCAAAUAAAACAGAAUUGAAGUAGAAAA